GCGAGCCGCUCCCUGGGCUACCCUGCGAUCGUCACAUGGAUGGAGGUCACCAUGCACGCUUCUCCCAGGAUGCUCAAGAAAGGUCGCAAUCUCAGCCUGGCCUUCCAGGCGGGCAAGUCGGUCGUUGCUGGGUCGCCUCGAGGUGUGGACAUGGCUAAAGUUCUCCCGCAUGGGAUUCUGCAGAAGGCUCACGAUGUGUCCCCGACCACGGGGCCCUGGACAUUUAUUGAUGACACGGUCUGCCGUAAUGAAGGUGUCGAGAUGACGGUUGUCGGGGAUAUGCAAUUUGCCGCCAGAUCUCUGGCCACCUCCUUCCAGCAGAAAGACAAGACUGGUCGCGAGCUUUCCCGGCGCCGGGAAGGAGCGGACCCCCUCGCUCACCGCGUCAAACGAACUUGCUCAGCGGUGGAUCUUGGUGUGGAUGUUGCAGGUGCUAAGGGGCGAAGCCAGAAGAAGUCCCGCACGCGGCGCGAGAGGGCCAAGCUGCGCCCCAACCGGAUCCACAAACUGCGUCGACUGCAUGGGAGCCACAAGGUAGCGCAAGACCUGUGGCGGACGGGGUCCUACCCUGCGGCCACCUUCGGACGCCAAGUGACGGGGGUCCCUCCGACCGCGGUGCUGAGCUUGCGCCGCCAGGCGGCUGUUGCCAUUGUCGGGCACAAGCGUGGGCGCUGCCUACAGACGGCGCUGCAAGCGACCCUCGGCGUCGACGACCCUGGGGCCCCCGCGCAGCUCUGCAGGCUACUCUUGCCCAAGCGGGUUGGGAAGCGUUCCCGGUUAUUACUUGGAGGCGUCACGGCUUUGCUGGCGCGGAGUAUUGGUCUUUUUCCAACCGUCGGCGACGACGCCUCCAAGGGCGCUGUCUUGGGCGACUUUGAUGAGUUGCUCGCCGCUUUCUCCGCUGACGUUGCUCGGCUUGGAUGGCGCAAGGCUGCUGCCCACCCCCGCGGCGAGACCCUCACUGGUGGUGCCGAUCUGCAGCUGGCACAGGCUGAGUUGAAUUCCUUCGUGAAGAAGGGCUCCAUGGACUUGUGGGGAGCGACGUUGGCGGUGCUCUCGGGUGGACAGUGGCCUCAGGACUGCAAGUUGGAGGCGCGCUAC